AGCCCCCCGCCCCCACGUGACCGACCGGCAAAGCAACAUGGCGGUGCUGGUGUCGACGCUGCUGGUGGUGCUGCUCGCGGGCGGCGCCGCCGCCUCCACCUCCUCCCCCGUCUCCUCCUCGUCCUUCUCCUACCUCGAGGCGGAGGACGCCAACGGGGAGCGAUUCAAGAUCGAGGGCCGCGUCUCCGUGCCCGGGUUCAAGAUGCAGGAGUGGAUCUCUGGCGCCCGGGUGCUGGUGGAGGGCGGCGAGUACACGGGGCUGCUCAGAACGGAUGGAAGCUUCACCGUGCAUAACGUCCCCUCCGGCUCCUAUGUUGUGGAGGUGGCAUCCCCCUCUUUCAAGUUUGAUCCUGUUCGAGUUGACAUCACCACGAAGGGGAAAAUAAGGGCCCGUAAACUGAACUACAUCAAGAGCUCCGAGGUGGUGCCAAUGCCUUACCCGCUGCGGAUGCGAGCCUUCGGAACGCCCAACUACUUCAUGAAACGCGAGACGUGGAAAUGGACCGACUUCCUCUUCAACCCCAUGGUGCUCAUGAUGGCCCUGCCCUUGCUCAUUGUCUUCCUCUUGCCCAAAGUAAUGAACACCAAUGACCCAGAAAUGCGAAAGGAAAUGGAGCAGUCUAUGAACAUGCUGACACCAAACAAAGAUCUUCCCGACGUGUCCGAGCUCAUGACGCGCAUCUUCACCACGAAGAAAGCCGUUAAGAGCAGCGGCACUACGAAAGUCAGUAAGCCAGGGCCGGUUAAGAGGAGAUAGAUGACAACUGUCACCUGCACCCUCUGAUCCUUCCCUCUCUUCACACAACCACAGCAGUGGCUGCAGUUUUUUUGUUCCACUCUGCCCCAUUGCCCAAAACACGAGACAUCAAUAUUUAGUAACAUUGUUUUAUAUUGAAAAAAAGCUCGAUUUUAUUGAUCCAAUUUAUAACUUUGAAUCCCUUGUCAGAAAUUGGAAUAAAAUCUUGGCGAAUUUAUAGUUUGAGAAAAAACAUCGCAUCAAGAUACGUUUCUCACGAUAUCGUGUUGCUGCGUGUUUUUAUGCUACAACUGCCCAUAGAACAGGUUAUCUCAUAAUACUAAUUACAUUUUCCAAACACACAUCCAAAUUUAAUGGUAAUUUGUUAUGUUUAUUAUGUUUCUAGUUAUUAGAAAUUUCCUCGUGAGGCUGUCCUCAGAUAACCAUUAGUAUAUGUGUAUAUACAUAACAGAUUAAAUAGAAAUAACAACAGGUUAUUUUUAUUUGAACUGUUAUUUUAUUUAUAUGUACAUAUUACGCCAGUAGUUUUUUCUAAGCUCGCAAAUUAUUUUCUGGCUUGCACCACAAUGCGUUGUGCAUUAAUGGUAAAACACACUGAAGGAAAGUGCAAAUCUAAACCCUUUUAAAACGACCUAACGUUUUGCAGGUAACAUGCAAAAUGACUCAUCCGUGGUCACUCUUGGAUUAAAUACUUUAUUAUUAUUAUUUAAGUGAGUACAAAUGCAGAUUUUGCCAAGAUAUUGUUUUAAUAAAAUGUGAGAGCCAGUUUGUUUAAAUGAAUGUCAUCAAUUAUUUGAAUUCAUACAAAAAUCUGGAAAUAAAUCCUGCACGACUAAAACCAAUGGAAAAAUUAAGCAGGGAAUGCUUUCCAAACAUAAACUUAGACGCACAACGAUAUUUAAGAUUUACAUUUUGUGGUACAUAAGAAAUCUGUGACUGCAAUUUGAAAAUAAAUCCCUUUUCUUCACUUAUAUCAUUUCCGUUAGUCCUUGUGUUACUUUCAUACCAAGUACUGAGCAGAGUAAAUCAUCGUUAAGUGCAGUUACAAGAUCUCAAUUAUAUCAUUACCUCUGCUUGGGGACGGGGGGGGGGGGAAAUGUGGAUAUUUGUAAUUUUUCACAUCCAGAACACAUGAGCCACAUAAAUGACAACACUUGUGUAAUGUUGGUUGGCGAUGUUUCUUGCAGAUGAGUAAACAGACCACGCACAGCCAGCCCAUAUACAGGUUUCCCUCAUCGUGUGCGGAUUCAGUUUGUGCAAUUUUGUGCUGUAUAUGCGGCUAUAACAUAUUUCUACCCAAAAUUUGCAAUAUGCGGUUUGAAUUCACUCCUUUGCGGUCGGGCGUGGGCCCACAUUGUGUAGUGUGUACUGUAUUGGAACGCCGCACGAAGUGAAGGAAAUCUUUACUUCCCAUGCAUAGGGCACUGCAGUUGCUGGCUCAAUGCAAUCGACCGUUUCCCUAAACAAUUCUAAGCUGGUAAGAGACAUUUGCAACCUUUAUAGGCAUGUCGUCCUUGAAAAUAAGCUGUUUAGCCCCAUUGGGCCUUACAACAUAUGAUGCAUUGAAAACAUGAUACAUUUAAAACAUGAUAAAAAGAGCUUACUGACAUUCCACAACUGUUUAUUAAUGAUUCGUUCUGCUUUCAAAUAACUUGGCACACAGUUUUGGCAUACACAGUUCUUAAUCAGGUGGGAGUGGCAGCAGCAAGAAAGUAUGAAUAUGGGUUGGAGUUGGUGACUUGCAAAAUAAUAUAAACUUUGUGUUUGUAAAGGCAAUGCACUUUUUCUACCUGUAUUCACAUUUAAGGGUGAUGUAAAACAAUGUUCAUUAUGCACUAUCAUGAUGGAUUAUAAGGAAUAAUAUAAUAUACAUUGGUCUGUUUUACCCUGUAAAUAAAUAACAUUUAGGUCCAUCAGCCUAUCAGCUUGUGGACCACUGAUUUCAAGCAAUAUUUGUUUAAUCGGGCAAACUGGACAGGUUUUGGCUUGAUCCGCGAUUUAAUAGAGUUUGCUGUGAGUUGUGGCACUGGGUUGCCUUGAUAAUCUGAUAGGGAGGAAGUCUCCACAAACCCCAUGCGGCUCAGCAGCACAGUACAGCAGCAUUGUACAACGUGUGUAAUGGAUUGUUGUCGUAGAUUAGUUUGCAACAACUUUGUGCUGCAAAAUAUUAAUUGAUAUGCAUUUCGGCUGAUGGACCAUGCUGUCAUGGCGAAAACAAACCCCUAUCUUUCAUAUUCUACGGCUCACAAUUCAACAUGACAGCACGUACACUGUUGUGCAUUUUUGCUGUGCUGACGCUUUAGUCUUUCCCAUUCAGGAAAGGCAACAACUUGUUUUAAAAAAAGGCCUCGCUCAGCUGAUUAGACAAAAUCAAGACCAGUCCAUGGUUUGCUGCUUAAAACAAAUGCUGUGGAAAAACAUUGGGCCAGAAAGCUCAUAAGUUAAUGCACUCAAAUGGAAUUAUAUUUUGUAUGGAAACAGAUCCUUGUCUGUUUAUAACUUUAUUCGCUUGAAAAUAUAACCAAUAUUCACUAUAAUACAGUUAAAUUAUUGUACAGCUUUGUGUUCUUGGUGUAAAUUGGUAGUGGGGUGAUGUGAUUACGCAAUGGUGAGUGAGCGUCUUGAUGAUUAGAAAUGCAUGAUGAGGAAUGAAGUGCCUGUCGAGCCGGUGGCUGUGAUCCAUGGCAACGCAGAGAAAAUUCGACGUUUUGGUGACCGCACAGCCGCAGCUGCGACAGUAAUGGCUACUGAACAUUGGGGCCAGAAGACCGGAAGGGAAGUGUGGUUGUGCAAUGACUUAUCACAAUUAAGAGAUAACAGAAAUAACUCGACAACUGAUUAAACAUUGUUUUGUUUUUUUUCUUUCUGUUGAGUAACUUAACGGAAUUGUUUCUCCUUGACAAGCCACUUCGUUGCUGUCCAGCGACUUGCACGUUUUGUUUUGACGGUAGAAUCUUGAGCAGCAGAAUGCUCUGGCGAGUGGAUGGAAUGCGUCACGUAUAGUUAGUCUCAUUUUUCAUUUAUUGCAUUUUCAUUCGCUGUGUUUCUUUGAAAAUAAAAUAACAUAGAAGGCCGUUUAAAUGUG